AUGACAGAAUCAUUUUACGAGCACGAUGGUAUUUUUGUUCAUAUCAACCAGCACGAAAAAGAGUGUCGUAUGCAACAGAAAAGGGCAGACACGUUCUUCAAGGUGAAAUACUGGGAUAUCCGCCUACAGAAAGAACGAAGAGGAAAUGAGGAUUAUAAAAUAAUAAGAGAGGCAAUUGUGACGAAAUUAGAUGAAAUAUUGAUUGAUGCGGGACUGUUCUAUGACUUCGUCCUUUGUGGCGCAACCUUAGACACAGCCACGGUUAUAGACGCCCUGUUGAAUUCAAUCAGAAAAGAAGGGAUUGAAUGCAUGAAACUAACCUAA